AUGUUUCAGGAAACGUUUGGAUUACCAACACCUUCAAUGGGUCCAGGAUGUGCAAAUGGUGCACUUCGAAAUAACAUGUUAGCACAAACAAUACUACCUGGUGCCCCAAUAGAAGCAUUCCCUUCCGUGGCAACUCCAUUCAUUAACAGCAUACAAGUGACGCCAACUAUAUCUGAAUUGGUGCCUUCUUUGCAAUACGGAGAUAUAACAAUGGGAGGAGAAUUGCCCAUUGGUGGCACCAUAAAAGUGUGCGGGUGCUUCCCUGUUUAUGGUAUGAUUGCAGUGGAUGGCGCCUUGCCAUCUGCUGGAUCAGCAGUAGUUGACGAUGUCUUUGGCAAGCAAUCGCUUGAAGUUAGAUGUGGUAAUCCAUUCUAUUAA